AUGUCGAAGGAGGAGAGAUCAUUUUGGGCGAACCCGUACCUUCGAAUGCUAGCUAGUCCUUUGCGAUAUUGUACUGAGAGCAACUGGCGAAUACCUCGAGACCUCCUGAUUUCACUGGGCACUGUGGGCCGCGUUGCCGACCCGAACGCGACCUUUGUGCAUCCUGCGAGUCUUGAACAUCCAAGAUUCCGUCGUCGGAAAGGUGGUCUCAAGCAUUAUAUCUUGUGCUCCAAGACCGCUAUCGGGCAUACCCUACGCGUCCGUGUCAUCCAAGAGCUUCAUGUUCUUUCGAAGCAGAUACGGCGCGGAGAUUCCGCCCAAGGCCCACCUCUGUUCAGACGGCUCACUCGCAAAGAGUGGACGGAGUUCAAGUCUCAAGGGGCUUUGCCUGUUGAAAAUGCCGUCGCAAUUUUGGUGAUUCCACCAGUGAACACGGACCCAUCCACAGGUCAACGUCCGGAGCCGAACCACACCUCUUUGCCAAGAGAAGAGGAUAUACAACCUGAGCCACGGACCUUCCAGCGCCAGUUCCCCCCCUCCGAGCUUCGUCCCGUUCUUCGGAAUGACGGGUGGGCAGAAGCAGACGAACUGGAUAUUCUUCCCCGGGCCCAAAUUCCUCUGUACAAUGGCCCUCCGCUUUUCCCCUCGCGUUCACAACGAGCAGCCUUGCAUUCCGCGGUCCUUCGGGUCCUUGCUGCCGAGCAUGCUGCGACGAAACGCGCCCAGCUACCCUCGACUCCAGUCCUCUCAGGUCACGAUAAAGGCAGCCAUGCGAUUGUCAUCUGUUCGGACGAGACAACACUUCUCAGAGGCGACACGGUACCACUGGCUAUAGCUCUUUGGAGGUUGCGGCUAUGGGAGACGGAGGUGGACGAGACAGGUCCUAGGGACACUCCGGUGGACUGGAUCACCAGAUAG